UUGAAUUUAAAAAUUUUCAGUUAUAGUGAGCGCAGUUAAUCAAGUCGAAAUGGUUGUUGGCGCUUUUCCACUGGGAAAACUCGGUUUGCUUGCCAUUAAGCACAUAAGUAAGCCCAUCGGAAAUCUGAUAAAACGAAGGGCCCGAAAGAGUCCGUCAUUUAAAACCGUGGUUGUCUCUCCGCCAGCAAGAUUAUAUCACGUUAUCGAUGUGCGCUCGAGAAUGUGGAUGCUGGGGUUGGGACAACCUCGUUUUAUUCCCCCCUUAAAUGAUGCCAUGACAAUUCAAAUGGGCGGCGAUAUUCUGGGCGAGAUUGUCAUCUUUGUAAUUGGAGCUUCGCUUGUAAUAGCAGAGUUUUCGAGGCAGGCGAGGAAUGACCGAAUAAAACACGAAAAGCACAAGGUUCAUAGGGAGAAACUGGAGGAAAGAAUAGGUGACCUCACCAACAAGGUUUCCCAACAAGCCAAGGAAAUCAGUCACCUCAAGUCAAUGGUGGUAGGGCGCAGAGUUAACAAUUUCGAUUACAGCGAUAGAAGGGUUUCGGAAUGUAACUGAACUGGCUUGGUUAAGCCAGUCAAGUCGCUUUU